AUGUUCCCGGCGUAUAAUGCGGGCGGUGGUGGACCGUCGAAACAAAUUCCCGGACCCUCCAACGAUCUCAACUCGAGAACACGUUAUGCGGUUCAAAUACAAGCUAUGAAACUGGAGCCUAAUCAGCAAGUCGCCGCUGAACACGUUUUCACACUUCCGGAGAAGUUGAAACCGGGUUAUGGAAGUCGUAAGAGUACCACCGCCAGAAUUCCACCGGCCAAUUCCUUCCACACAUUCCCCGACCGUCCCGCCCGUAAUCCGUAUUCCGACGAACCGAUGGAAGUGGAUUCAGAAUCGUGGGGACGUCCGACGUCUUCUGCUGCCUCAUCAUCGUACAGUAGUAGACGUCGUUCCAGAAGUCGUGAGAGCUCCAGAAGACGUCGUGGUGACUCCAGAAGAGAUAGAAGUGAUGAUAGCCGUAAAAAGAAAAAGAGCAAGAAGAGCAGACGUCAUCGCCAUUCAUCGUCUUCAGAAUCCUCGUCGUCGGAUUCUGAUUCCAGAAGCAGUAGAAGAAGCAGUAGAAGAGAGUCGCCCAAACGAAAAUCGGCGGUUAAACGGCCGAAAUACGAGUUUUUGACGCUGAAAGAGGAUUAUGAGAUUUUAGAUUUGAGUGCACAGAUUUUGAUCCGUGACACGAAAUUCGAUCCGGAAAACUAUACAUUGGGAUGUCCAAAACGAGAAGUCGCUUCAAUGUAUCUUGGAUGCUAUCAGAUUCUUGGACUCGAAAAAGAGCACAAUCUAUUUGAGAAUCUUUACGCCGGCGAAGUGAGAAAAGUGAAGAAAGAGCUCGGCGAAUGUCGUGAAUUCUACAAACAACUGGCGGAAGCGGCCGCUCAUGUGCCAAGUGAAAAGUACUUCAGAAAAACGAAGAAACCGGCGGAAGGGUAUUGGAAAUUGGUGCAAAAGAAGGAUAUUUUGAAUCAGGACGACGCGCCACUCGACGCGGACAGCGCCUUCCAAACGGACGCAUUCAUCGAUCGAAUCAACGUGGCGAAACAAGCGUAUCGCAACAAUAUCACCGACGUCGAUGCGCUCAAAGAGUUGAUUCAUUUGGAAGAGGAGCAAAGUGAACAGAAUAAGGGAUCAUUUAUGAAAGUUGAUUCACGAGCUCUCGCCGAACGUCAUCUGGAUAUGGUGGAGAAGGCGAUUAAAGCGAGUCGAAUGGUGCAUACAUUGCAGUUGCUGAAAUGUGAUUUAAUGAAGAAGACCGAUGUGGAUGUGGAGAGAAUUCUCGAGGAAUACCGAAUGAUUUGUGAGAAAUUCCCGCAUGAACCGAUGGUUUGGGUCAAGUACUUGGACUAUAUACAGUAUGAUUCGAAUGCUUAUGAUGCUGAAAGACUGCAUCAAGCAUUCGAUUUAUGUUUGAAGAAGGUGGAUGGACUCGCCCAUAAGACGCUUCUAUCGCAUGUUGGACAUGUCAAAGAUUGGCCUGCAUUUCGGUAUUUCCAUUUGGCUGUAUAUAUUCGAUAUCUGAAAUGGCUAUUGCAUUGUGGACAGACACCCAGGGUGUUGGCUAAUAUUCAGGCAACGAUGGAGUAUAACCUUGGAUUCGCCGCCAUCGAAGAUCACCGCGAACGUGAGGAAGCAUUCCGGAAUUUCUGGAAUUCCGGACUUCCCCGAAUCGGCGAUGACGGUGGAAUCGGUGGCCUGAAUCACGCCAAAGUACGGUAUACAGAAGAGGCGAUUCAGAAGUUUGAGAAGGACAGAUACUUCUCACUGCUCGCCGAGUUCAGAUGCCACGUCCGUGAGCAUCUGGGCGGUCGAGAAGCGUGCAAAUCGAAGAAAUGGGUGGCGUUCGAGAGGAAAAUGUUGGAAUUGGAUGCGAAAUGCAAGCGAGUCGACUUUAAAAACUCGGAAGCGUAUCAAGAGGCGGCGAAGAAUGAGGAAGAUGUGAUGUCAUUCGAAUUGUGGGAUCUUGUCGAGUAUCCAUCGUUAAAAGUGUUCCGAUCGUCGUGUCAUUAUGAGCUUUUGGACUAUUUACAGCCAUUGUUGGAACUGUUGGGUGUCAAAUUUAUGCAUUCGAGCGGCUGUUUCACGACGACAGAACAAGUGAUCUCCGAGUGGAUUCCGCGUGAUAUGUUCGCAUCGUCUCACGCGAAUUUCCAUCCGACACCCCAAUAUUCUGAAUCCGCGUGUCUCGACGUCGGCAAGAAGAUUCUGAAGUAUCUGAUCAAUAACCGGCAUGAAAUCACUCAAAAAAGCCCACGAGUUCUCGAUCAGAUUCUAAUUCGAUACAUGUUGGCACUGAUUGAGAUGAAAUUUCAGUAUCGAGACCGUCAAAUGAUAUAUUAUCAGAUGAAACCGGCGAAAAUGGUGACACUUUUGAAGGAUGUGUUCGAGAAUGACGAUGAGAUUAAGAAGAUUCUGGAGAACUAUCCACGGAUGAAACAUGCGAUGGCUCUAAUCGUUGGAGAGAAAUUGACGACGUGGUUUGAGAGAGGAAUCGCUGAGGAGACACGGCUGGAGAGGUUGAAUCAACUGAGAGAGACGAUGGAGUUGCCAGAGUGUGGGGUGUUGAAGAAGCAUAUUGUGACGGAUGUGUCGAGAGGCAAUUUGAGAAAGUAUCAGACAAAACUAUGGGAAUACUUGACAAACUUCACAAAAGACCUCGACGUUGCCGGCGGAAUGGAAAACAACAGGCCGAAAUCGCUUCAGCACCCACAAAUCGCCUAUCCGACACUCCAAAUUCAAUUAUAUUCUCGAAUUCUUCAAGCAAGAAAUUAUAUAAUCGACGAGCGAACGGCUGGUGAAAUUCGAUUGAAAUUGGCGGCCGAUGUGAUGGGAAUGGAUGAAAUCGAGCAAAUGGAUGUGUUGAAUGGAAUGAUUCAGAAUCAGAUACUCCAUCAACAAAUGAAGACGUCAAUGGAGACACUUCUCCGUAUGAUUGGACAUCGAGAUGAGAUUCACGGAAAUGCAGAGGGAAUUCCGGAAUUCCCGAGAGCCAAAGCACUGUGUGAGGCGUUGGAUAUCGCGUUGGAUUUUGUGUUUUUGGAUCAAAUCCUGACACCCCGCCAAUCGAUCAACGAAAUGACGGCACGAAUCGAGCGAAAAUGCGACGAAUUCGAAAAAUCUGAAAUGGAUUGGAAUCGUGGAGCCGCCGAUAAGUACCGCGAUCGUGUCGAUUUGCAAUUCAUUCUAGAGACAGCGAUCACGUUUUUCUCGCAGAAAAAUCUCUCGGUGACUUAUCACAAGAAUUAUGAAGACGUCAUUUUGAAGGCGUCGAUGACGUUCUCGUGUGAGACGAAAUAUAUGAAAAGAAUCGCCGAAAUGUACGCAACGAAUCGAUUUCAAUGGAUGAAAAUUCGUCGGAUUAUCAGCGAUCGGAAUAAAGAAUUACAGCGAAAAAUGGAGACGCAAUUCAAUAUUCAAAUCGAACGACGUCUCCUUCAGAAUUCGAUGACGACGAUGUUCACGACGAUGCGGAUUUGUGAGAAGAUUGGAGAGGGAAGUUGGCCAAUGUUGGUCAAGAAUUGGAUGGAAAGUGCCAAGGAGUUGAGAGAUCCGACUGUGUGGAGAUUAGUGAUGGGAGUGGCGGAUAAGGUGUCCGGGAAGAUGGUCGACGAGACGUUCAUCCGUGCAAAUGGACACUGUCCGUGGGCUCUCAAUCUACAAUUGGACUAUGUCGAGAAGAUGCCUAAGAAAUUGAGAUCUCAACUCGUACACAUCCUAUCCAUCUCGAAAGGACAACUACACGGAGUAUUCAUUGAAGAUCUCAUUCUCCUCAAUACUUAUCACGAAAUUAUGGAAGCACGCUUCCAGACGGAACGGCUCGUCAAACAGGAAGAGGGAGUGAACGCCGUUGUUGACAGUGGUGUUCCUGCAGGGGGAAACUGA